UAUAAAUAUCCUGUUAAUAUAAUUUUAAGGUGGUUUUAGCCUUUUCCUUGAGGGGCUGAGACAUACUGUUGUAUGUCAAGGCUGGCAGAACACCUGAAAUGGUGAACUGCCUAAUGCAGAAUGAAGCAGACAACUGGUACGCUUCACAAACGUGUGGAUGGUGUUUGGACGGAGGCUGAAGCUACGGCAAAAAAGUUUAUGCCAACGUGGAGGAAAAAAUAUCUGUUACGAAAGAGGAGGUCAAAGAAAGCUUUGGAGUGGGGAAACAAGAAGCUCCAAGAUCAAUCAAUCACUCUGACGCUUCUAGUCCAAAUACAAACGCGAGUAGUGAUUCUGCAUCUGCAAAAAGUCAAAAAGAACAACAAUCUACUUUCACUGAUAGUGCGGAAACUGUUUAUAGAAAUGUUAAAUCUGCUGCUUCGUCGAAAGUCUCAUCAUUCAUUCAGAAAAUAAAAGAAGCAAAGCCUGUUGACUUUGCAAAGAAGGGCUACGACAUUAUAUUGGACGAGUUGAAAGGUACUCCUGUUAAGAGAAAGCACUCCAAGUAUUCUGCCCACACACAAGAAACAUCAUCAAACUUUGAGAGGAGUACAAGAACUGAUGUUGUUGUUUUACCAUCAAAGCAAUCGAAAUGGGAAACGUUCAAGGAAAAAAUGCAGCGUCACCCUCUUUCUAAACGCUUCACUGCAAUGUGUGAACCUCUUAUAACAACGUGGCAGGAGGGAGAUACAAAGGUGUUAAAGAAACAUUGCAGCAACGAGAUAAUUGCUGUGUGUAAAGCUCAGCAUCAAGCUUUUGAUAGCGAGGGUAUCGUUUUUGACAACAAGAUUUUACAUAUUUCGGAUAUGGAAGUACAAGAGAAAAAAAUGAUGGAAGGCGGUCCCAUAAUAAUUUUGAGGCAGGUCCACUGCAUACGCGAUAAACUUGGUUCAAUUAUAGAAGGGGGAAAGGAUACGAUACACACUGUACAUUAUGCUUGGGCUAUGCAACUCGGAGACGACUCUAUAUGGAGGCUUAGAGAGAUGCAGCAAUUUGGUGUUGUAGCUCUUAUCUAAUCAAAUUUUUGCUUCAUCAAAAGAGUCGAUGACAUUGCUACCCACGCCUUUGUUCAUCUUAUGGUCAUUGAUUUGUGCAGAAUUUCUUAUUGCAGUAAAAUUUUGGUUGUUAAUGUAUUCAAAUUAAUGAGCAGCUAAGUCGGGGGUCUAUCGGAAACCUCUCUACCUAAUCCGAGAUGGUGGUAUAGACUGCAUACACUUACCCUCCUAAGGCUCCACUUUGUAGGAAUAUACCAGGUUGAUUGCUGUUCUAAAAAUCAUUUGAAUGAAAGCGUAGAGGCAGAAGUAAUAAAUUCUUGAAAAUGGUCAAAAGUUUUUAAACUGC